CAGAGGGGGCUGGAGUUCCAGGAUUCUGGGAGUGGACAGACUUUCAACAUUCUUGUGAUACAGUUUCAGAAAGCGGGUCUGACUGAGGCUGCUUCGGGCAACUGCCGGAGCAUCUGCGGUGGGGUGAUUCCAUCUGUGUCUCAAAUCUGAGCCCUUAGCCAGAAGGAGGCAGCAGGGGAAGGAUCUGGUACAAAUACAACGGGUGGUCUGGAGGAUGGACCAGUCUGUUGCUAUACAGGAGACCCUGGCGGAUGGAGAGACCUGCCUAAUUGUGGUACAAGGUAUCCUGGCAGGUGAGGAGAGUGUGGAGAGCCGGCUUCUGGGCCUUGUGCGGACUCAUGGAGAGCAUGCGCUCUUCCUGUACACUCAUCGGCGAAUGGCUAUAACUGCUGAGGAUGUCUGCCUGGAGAGAAUCGUGCCCAUUACAGAAGGAUUUGCAGUAGAAGAAGUUACACCUGACAAUGACCGUUAUAUCAUUGGUUCUGAUGUGACUGUGCAGAUAAGCUCAGAAGAUGGUCAGCUGGUGGUGCAGUUGCCUUUUGGUUCCCACACACGCAUGUUCCUACAGGAGAUCAGCAAGUGCCUCCCAGGAAUUGUUGGGUCUGAAGACAUCAAACAGAAUGGAAAAAAUCUUGUAGUUAAUCACAGCCAGAGCACUAACAGUGAUGACAAAGUUACUCUGAGGCAGAGUAAAUCCAAGACAGAUGUAAGUGAGAUGGUGCGAUCCAGCAUGAUAGUUUCAGACAAGGCUUGUAGCCUAUCACUGCAGAAAUUUGGGUUAAGAGAUACGAUAGUUAAAUCUCAACUGGUAAAGAGAGAGGAUUCCUACACCUCCCUCCAGAACUUCAGGUUUUUUGUUGGAACGUACAAUGUAAAUGGCCAGUCACCCAAAGAGAGCCUCCGGCCUUGGCUGAGCCAUGGCAUCGAACCUCCGGAUGUUUACUGUGUUGGCUUCCAGGAACUUGAUCUGAGUAAAGAAGCCUUCUUUUUCAAUGACACACCAAAGGAGGAAGAAUGGUUCAAAGCUGUAACUGAUAGUCUUCACCCAGAUGCCAGAUAUGCAAAGGUGAAGCUUAUACGCCUUGUGGGGAUGAUGCUGCUGUUGUAUGUGAAGGCAGACCAUGCCCUGAACAUCUCCGAAGUGGAAGCUGAGACAGUGGGAACUGGAAUCAUGGGGCGGAUGGGUAACAAAGGUGCAGUUGCUAUUCGGUUCAAGUUCCACAACACCAGCGUGUGCAUUGUGAACUCUCACCUCGCAGCUCAUAUGGAGGAGUACGAGCGGAGGAACCAGGACUUCAAGGACAUCUGCUCUCGGAUGCAGUUCUGCCAGUUGGAUCCAAACUUGCCACCCCUUACUAUAAGUAAACAUGAUGUUGUCUUGUGGCUGGGGGACCUCAACUACAGGCUAGAAGAGCUGGAUGUGGAAAAGGUGAAGAUGCUCAUUGAAAAGAAGGCGUUUCGAGCUCUUUACAAACAUGACCAGCUGAAGAGGCAGAUGGACGAGAAGGCUGUCUUUGAAGGCUUUUCAGAGGGAGAGAUUACGUUCCAGCCAACCUACAAAUACGAUACUGGCUGUGAUGGCUGGGACACGAGUGAGAAGUGUCGUGCCCCAGCAUGGUGUGAUCGGAUCCUCUGGAAAGGAAAGAAUAUUUUUCAGCUCAGCUAUCGCAGCCACAUGGCUGUGAAGAUCAGUGACCAUAAGCCAGUGAGCUCCAUGUUUGAUAUUAAGGUGAAGGUUGUGAAUGAGGAGCUCUACCGAAAAGCCUUUGAAGAAAUAGUGCGCUCAUUGGAUAAGAUGGAGAAUGCCAGCAUCCCAUCAGUGAUCCUGUCCCAGAGGGAGUUCUCAUUCAGGGAUGUGAAGUACAUGCAGCUACAGGUGAAGACCUUUACGAUCCGAAAUGAACAAGUGCCUUGCCAAUUUGAAUUCAUCAACAAACUGGAUGAAGACACCUACUGCAAAGAGUGGCUGAUUGCAAACCCCAGGAAGGGCUUCCUGUUACCAGAUUCUGAAAUGACUAUCGAAUUGGAACUAUUUGUUAAUAAAUCAACAGCUACACGCUUGAACUCUGGGGAAGAGAAACUCGAAGACAUUCUGAUUUUACACCUUAACGAGGGGAAGGAUUAUUUCCUUUCUGUGACGGGAAAUUACCUGCCCAGCUGCUUUGGAUCUCCAAUCCAGACACUGUGUUACAUGAGAGAACCUAUCCAGGAUAUGUCAGCAGAGUCCAUUCGAGAACUGACCCUACUUCCACUUCAAAUGAGUGAUGACAUUUUUCGGGAUGAGAAGCCCCUGGACAUCCCCAAAGAGCUGUGGAUGUUGGUGGAUCAUCUGUACCGCAAUGCUUCCCACCAGGAAGACCUGUUUCAGCAGCCAGGCUUAAGAUCUGAAUUUCAGCAAAUCCGAGACUGCUUGGAUACAGGAAUGCUCGAUACUCUCCUUGGCAGUAACCAUUCAGUAGCUGAGGCCCUGCUGCUGUUCUUGGAAAGCCUGCCAGAGCCUGUUAUCUGCUGCCACCUCUACAACGACUGUUUGCAUUGUGCUGGCAACUACACACUGAGCAGCCAGGUUGUCUCCAGGCUGCCCACGUGCCAUAAAAAUGUGUUUAACUAUCUGAUGGCGUUUUUACGGGAACUACUGAAAAAUUCAGAGAAAAAUCACUUGGAUGCGAAUAUUCUAGCUAGUAUAUUUGGGGGCUUGUUGCUGCGUCCUCCUCCCCGACAUCCUAAGCCUGAUGUAACUGAGAAGAGGAAGGCUCAGCAGUUUAUCCAGCAGUUCCUCUUGAGAGAAAGCAACUCGCCGUGAAUUCCAGAUACAGCUAAUCUGGUUUUUAGAUGAAGCUAUCAAGUUACUGUAAAAAGACGUCUGUACAGAGCAUCACCUCUUUAGAACUUUACAGUAUUUUACUCCGAGUACAAUCCAUUGAUAUUAAAUACAGAUCAGGCACAUAGAAGCAGUUGUCACUGUAUUAAGAUGUAAAGAAUAUUGAAUUUUUAAAUGUGAUGUUUUUUAUAAAAGACUCAGAGAACUGA